CGUUGUUCCUGCGCCGACUAUAUUUUAAAAAUUUACAGUUUACACGUGUUGAGUGCUGUGUGUGUAAUUCUGUGACUCGCUGUUAUGCUGUAAAUUAUUCAGAAACAUGACGUUUCAUUGGCUCUUCCUAACGUGCUGGUGUGUUGGCGGUGCGCGGCUGCAGUACGUCAGCAGCAGCGGCUCCGGCACCGACGCCUUGAUCGAUAACUUCGAUUCCGCAAUCUCAUACCCUCAGCUUCCCUUCGCAGCAUACUACAACCUUCCAGCCCGGAAUGAAUUCGACUACAUCAACGACGUACCCAUCACCGACCCUCACACGCAGUACUACGAAAACGAUGACAAUCCAACGACCGAUCUUAAAAGAAAUCGACGGAUGGUUGAUUACGAUAACGCCGGGAGAGAAGGCAACUGGCCUCCUAACGUAGCCGCCAUUGCGGACAUAGACAAAACGGCGUACGGCCCCGAGGAAGACAAAGAGGAUAAUGGCGUCAUGAUACAAAACAUCUCCAAUAUCCCCGAUGAAAAUGCUCGAGAAUUCAGUCUAGUUAAUGAUUUUGAAAAGAAGAACUUCAGUCCAUGGGGAGGGAAGAGAGACAAGGCGAACAUCGAGCACAUGUGGACGUGGAAGCGCGCGGCGAACGUUCGAGAGCCGAACAUGCCAAAACGAGUGCGCUUCAGUCCCUGGGGCGGGAAACGGAGCGGACAAAUGGUCUACAAAUCGGGAACUAAAGGAACCAAAUUCAUCUUUUCGACUACGGUGCCCGAACUCACGCGUAUUGUGACAAAUUAUUCUCCGAAUAGUAAGAGGUUGGAUUUAAGAGGAUUCCAGUUCGUUCCAUCGGUGGACAAACGGCAUCCUAUCAAGAUCUUGGCGCUGAGUACUAAGGUUCAUGAUCGUGCGCUCCGAGAAGCCCUUCCUUAUAAGAGCUUUAUGGAGAGUCUCCCGCGGGUAUUCAAGCCUGGCCACACGUACUCAGAUGUCACAUUAAAAACUGACGGCAAAAGGAAAGUGAAAUUUAGCGCUUGGGGAGGAAAACGAUCUCCACCCAUCAUAGGUCCGAUCUGGACUCCGGCACCUCAGAAUGUUAAGGAAUCAACUCUUGAUGCAAUUCUCGUUAUCCGAAAUAACCCAGACCAAACGCAGUUGUUAACUAACCCGAAGCAAAUUUAAAUACGGACAUGAGUGACGAGUAUCAUUUUUUUUAAAGUAAUCGUAACUAUGGCUUCAUAAAUUAAGGUGUUUAAAAUUAAGUGCCAUAAUGCGUAC